UGGGUCGAAGAGCUUUGGGGCCUUCGCUAGGGCGGGAGCGGCGCGGAGUGGAAGGAGAGCGCUCCUUCCUGUGUGCCCUGGAGCAUUGAUUGAGCUCACGCAGUGUGCAGGACCCUACCCUUGAGGUCACCGGGCCCCUGCCCCUUGCGAGGAGCUCUCAGGCUGCGGCGUUGAUAACUCUGGUCGGAGAAAUGGGAUGUGUAGCGGGAAGGUUGACCCUAGUGUGUUCUUUCUUGGAAGGACUUACUGAUCUCCUGUAUGAAAAGCCCCCAUCCCUCCCCCCAGUGAUUCACAAUCCAGGAUUGGGAAGCGGGGAAUGUAGGUGAGGAAAGUACAAAUUUUAGGUCUCUCAGGCUACCUUCUAAAAGGACAUGUACUGGGUGCCUACUUGGUGUAAACCUUACACCAGGCACUGGGCCUCACCCCAGGGGAGUUCUCUGGAGUGGGACUGUAAACAAGGAAAAACUGAGCGCUCAGGCCCCUGGUUGACUACUUCUAGGAAGAUCGUUUCUUGAAUGUCUGAUGGGUACAGGACCCUGGCAACUCAAAAGUUAGUGAGAAAGUUGGAAUAGGUAAUUAAGGAAAGUUUAGCUCUUGCGCUUUUAGUGAAUCAUUUAUUUAAGGAGCAUUUAUUGGACACCAGCUGAAAACAGGGCCCUGUGCUGGGCUGUGUUAUUGUGGGGAUUCACAGUCUAAUAGGAGAGUUGGUCUGUUGGGAGAAGUGGAAUGUGCACAGGGACAGUUAAACUCUCAGGGCCUCAUUUCCUGGAGGGAGCAUUAUUCAUUCACUGAAUAUCUACUGAGUGCCUAUUGUGUGUUAAGCAUUGUUUUUGGCAAUGGAAAUACAUCAGUGAUGAGCAGACUAAAAUCCCUGCCCUCUGGGAGCUUAAUAUGAGCAACUUUUGUGUGCCAGGCUUUAAGCUGAACUCCACCUGCCCUCUGGCACUGAGAUGGAGACGGUGGGGGUUGCAUUCACAAAAUUACCUCCUAGGCCUGUGAGGGGCAGUCAUUUGCUGAGGGGACUUUGAGCCCCUGCUGUGUGAAGGGGCCUGGGUUGGGUUGAGCCCACACAUGUAGAAGGGGAAAUAGGGCACAUAGAGGGAAGUUCAAAAGUUAAAACCCCUGCCUCUGGUUGGUGAUUUUGUGGAUGACCCUGCAAUGAAUCAGAGCCGCCCCUGCCUGCGAAUUCAGUCCAGAGAGGAACAGAGACUCUGUCCCAAGUUCAUGAUAUUUGCUAUGGUAGAGGUGGCACAGGAUACUAUAGAAACCCUGAGGAGGAGGGAGUGGCCGCCACCCUGAGGAUGUAGACUUGUUGUCACAAAGGAAAUGCUGGAUAGGAGUUUGCUAGAGAAGAAGAGGAGAGAGCUUUCUUGGCUGAAGGAAUAGCGACAUCAAAAACUCAGGGUCCAAAACAGCAUUUCUGAAGAACUACAAGUAAUGGUUUUGUCUAACCUUUAUCGAGUACCAGAGAUGGACUUUGUGAUGCCUGGCCACCAUGGGGCACAUGUCAGCUUCUGAGUCUCAGACUCAUUGAAGACUGAGGCAUAAACAUUGGAUCCAGACUCCUUGAUUCAUAGAGGCUGGCACUGCCUUCCCCACAAUGGCAGAGGUGGUAGCUGAGGUGGCUGAGAUACCAACACAGAUGUCGCCAGGGGCAAUGGAGAUGUCAACACCAGUGUUAGGGGAGAUCACAGAGAUGUCAACAGAGGUGACUGAGAUGACACCUGGGGAAGCCCUUGCCUCAUCCCUCUUCUUCCAGCACCACCAGUUCAUGUGUUCUGAGUGUGGCAGCCUCUACAAUACACUGGAGGAAGUCCUCUCACACCAAGAGCAGCAUGUGCCCACUGUCACAGAGGAGGAGGCACUGGCCACCCAGGACGCCGGCCUGGAUCCAGAGCUAAUGCCAGGCACUGAGGAUGGGCCUUUCCAGUGCGGUGAGUGCAGCCAGCUCAUCCUUUCCCCCAGCGAGCUCCUGGCCCACCAGGAUGCCCACCUCCGGGAAUCUGCAAGCCAGAUCCAGUACCAGUGUGGGGACUGUCAGGAGCUCUUCCCCUCGCCUGAGCUGUGGGUGGCUCAUCGCAAGGCCCAGCACCUUUCUGCUGCAGCAGCCGAACCACCAGUGCCACUGCCUCUGCCUCCCCCAACACCGCCACCCCCACCUGCCUCUCCACUGGAAGUCAGGAUGGAGCCCUAUGAGUGUCCUGAGUGCUCUACCCUCUGUGCCACCCCUGAGGAGUUCUUGGAGCAUCAAGGCACCCACUUUGACUCCCUAGAGAAGGAAGAGUGCAAUGGGCUAGAGGAGGAAGAAGAAGAUGAAGAGGAUGAUGAAGAUGAUGAAGAGACAGAGGACGAGGAGGCAGUGGCAGAGGGUGGUAGUGAUGCUAUGGGAGGCAACAAGUCCACAGCCAGCCGGGCCCAGAGCUGUGGGGAUUGUCCUCAACACUGGACCUCAGCAGGGGCACGCCGGCGACACCGGCGCGCAUCCCGGGGCCCAGCAUCAGCAGCCCAUCCCUUUCACUGCAGCCAGUGCCAGCGCAGCUUCAGCUCAGCAAACCGGCUGCUGGCUCACGGGCGGGCCCAUGUUGGUGGCACACACGAGUGUACAACCUGCUCCAAGGUCUUCAAGAAAGCAGCCUCACUGGAGCAGCACCUGCGGCUGCACCGCGGUGAAGCCCGCUACCUUUGCGUGGACUGUGGCCGUGGCUUCAGCACAGAACUCACGUUGGUGGCCCACCGGCGGGCCCACACUGCCAACCCAUUGCAUCGCUGCCGCUGCGGCAAGACCUUCAGCAACAUGACCAAGUUCCUCUACCACCGGCGCACCCAUGCCGGCAAGAGCGGGGCGCCCCCCACGGCGACAGCCUCCCCAACUCCAGCAGAGCCCGCACCCCCACCGCCACCCCCUCCCCCACCAGCCCAGCUGCCCUGCCCACAGUGCGCCAAGUCCUUUGCCUCAGCCUCCCGGCUUUCCCGGCACCGGCGCGCAGUCCAUGGGCCCCCCGAACGGCGGCACCGCUGUGGUGUUUGUGGCAAGGGCUUCAAGAAGCUGGUCCACGUGCGCAACCACCUGCGGACACACACCGGCGAGAGGCCCUUCCAGUGCCACUCGUGUGGCAAGACCUUUGCUUCUCUGGCCAAUCUCAGCCGCCACCAGCUGACCCACACAGGCGUGCGUCCCUACCAAUGCCUGGACUGUGGCAAGCGCUUCACACAGAGCUCCAACCUACAGCAGCACCGGAGGCUGCACCUGCGGCCAGUCGCCUUCGCCCGCGCACCCCGCCUCCCCAUCACUGGUCUCUACAAUAAGAGCCCCUACUACUGCGGGACCUGCGGCCGCUGGUUCCGUGCCAUGGCGGGCCUGCGGCUGCAUCAGCGGGUCCAUGCCCGAGCACGAAUGAUGACACUGCAGCCACCCAGAUCACCGCCUCCCGCCCCACCCCCACCCCCCGAGCCUCAGCAGACUAUCAUGUGCACGGAGCUCGGGGAGACCAUCGCCAUCAUUGAGACGUCCCAGCCACUGGCACUUGAGGACACGCUGCAGCUGUGCCAGGCGGCACUGGGAGCCAGUGAAGCGAGCGGGCUGUUGCAGUUGGACACGACCUUCGUGUGACCCAGCUGAAGAGCAACAAUAAAAAAGUUUGGUUGCAACAGCAAGUAUGGGCACCUCUGGGGAAAAAGGGGACCACUCCAUGGCAAGCCUCUCCAGUGCCCGCCAGGUGCCAGGAUCCACCCUGACCUCUUACCCACUGACUCCUCAGAACAGCCCCGCCAGGUUUCUCUUGUCACCUUCCUCUGCCUGAGGGAAAACUGAAGGUCUGAGAUGCAAUAUGAUCUAUCCCAGGUUACCCUGCUGCAUUGCAAAGUAGGGUUUGCCAAGGCUCUUUGCUCUCAUCAUUUUCAUGCCCAGCAACAUCAGGUAACCUUUCCUGAGCCCCAACUGUGUGCCAGGUCUGUGCUGGGCACUGUCACAUACCUCUUCAGGUCUUUGCUUGUCCCUUGGCCCUAGCCUUCCCUGGACUCUGGGCACCCAGGACUUGGCUCCGCCUGGUGGAAGAAGGCACUUGACCUCUCUGGGCUUCCGUAAUCUCACUUUUGACAAUGUGGAAGGAAAACUACAGGUACCCAGGUGCUCAGCUGCAGACUGGGUGAUGCUGGAGACCCAGGAACGAGUCAAACACGGGCUCUGCCCCAGGAAGCACACAGUGGGGUAGGACAAACCCAAGUACAGAUGGCCUUGCUCUCUA